AUGUCCCUGAGGGACCCAUAUCGUGUGGUGGCCGGAGACCGGUACCCGCUUCCCUUUGCCACAAUAGAAGACACACUUCACUACUUCUCUCUCUCUCUGAAAGCACGGCUUAAUUUUCUGGAAAUAGGGCCUUACGAUCAAUCCCGAGCCUCCAACGACGGCAUCGAUAUUUCCAAGAUCGUCGAAACCGGUGUGGAUCAGAUUCUUCGGAAUUCGGGUAUCAGCUUCACCUCAUUUAGUGUCCUAUCUCUUUGGCCAAAGUUCAACUUAGCCAAGAAGCGAGAUCACUUGCUAUUGUACACGAACAACGAGGACUAUGACAAUUGGUACGAUGCGGCGAAUGCGAUUCAGUCGUUACUCGAUCAGCAGAUCGCAUUAUCCAACAAGCAAGACUACAGGUUGUGGGUCGAGAUCAGGAAUUACAAACUGAUGCUCAAAGACACCUCUUCAGCCGUCCGCCGCGGAACCAUAGCAUGCGAAGUUUUGAAGAUGACACAGGAUCUUGUUAUGCAGUCGGUUGAAAUCCUCUUCCCCAAUCAAUUCACCUCUGUUUCUUGGGUUUUGCGAGGCGCCGCAGACAAUUUUAACCAUCGCACCCCUACGGUUCUGAUCACAGUAGAGCCACGCUCUAGUCAACUUUGGGACAGCCACGAAGAGUCAAUCAGAAGCGCCAUUUCCGAUAUCGACGGAAUCAACAACUACGAAUGUGAUAUCGAUGUUCGGAUCGUCGCAGGGUCUAAUAUGCUACUCAAUGAUUGGGCCAUGCCGCCUGCGAAAUACCACGACUGCCCCGGCCCAGAAGCUGACUCUGGGGUGUCUAUUGGACCCCGUUGCACGAGUCCAGCCAGUGGGACUCUCGGUGUCUGGGUUAACUUGCUGCCAGCGGGCAAGACGCUCAAGACGGAGGCCGUUGUCUGUUUUCUUACUUGCCAUCAUGUGAUUACUGCCGGCGACCCAACCAACGCUCAAGCCAACAAUGCCUAUGGUAUCGCUUUGGACGGGAGAUCAGCGUUGAAGAAGAUUCCGAUCGAUUUCCCCUCAACCAUCGAUUCGAGAUGGACCAUCCAGACUUUGCAAAAGAGGAUCCAAAGUCCAGAGGUGAUCAAUCGCAUCCAAACGAUCCAGAAUCGACUCGAUGCAGGUGGAAUUGGAUAUGUGCGCCAUUCUUCUGGGCUGAGCCGUCGCACGCAGACAAGAGGAAAAUUGGACUGGGCGCUGAUCGAAGUCACCGACCAGACCUGUGUGGGAAAAAACUUUCCUGCUCUUAGAUCCAAGCUGACCCCCGAGCACUUUGCCUCGUUUUUGGGGGAUCGCUUCAUCAAUGAAGAUGUCUACUUCGAUAUUCCCGGGCAAAUCAUCGACACUGUGGGAACCCUAUCGGAAGAGACUGUCAUGAAGCCCAUGUCCUGGGUCGCCAAGCAGGGCAGAACUUCUCGCAUAACAACGGGGGACUUGAACGAGUUGUGGUCUGGAGUGAAGUGGGAUGAUGGUACGACAUCUUGGGAGCACCAGAUCUUUCCUCUAAUCGGCGGAGAAACCUUUGCGAGGCCAGGAGACUCGGGUUCUCUCGUCCACAACGUGGACAAGGAAUGGAUUGGCAUGAUGCAUUGUGCCAACACUGCUGACGACUGGGGCUGUUUUACCAGCGCUCAAGAUAUCAUCGACGAUAUCAAGUUGAAGACUGGAGGCACGAUCACACUCUUGGGAUAG